GACCCCGUUGAUAUAAGCAUAUGGGCUUAACUGAUGGUUUUGACUUUAGCAGCACAAAAUGACCACUGCUUUUGUGAAUGUCAUCCAACCCUUCUUCUUCAUAUUGCACCUGAUCUAAACCAAUCGAAUGAUGCCUCCAAAUACUUUCAAUACUGCAGAAUUUUAGCGAGUCGAUUCAUGCGUCGCAGCUUGGGAAUGGAUUACAUUACACGUUUGAUCACCAAUAAUAAUGCAGUACUAAAGUGCCACUGAUUAUUUUCAGUUUAAUUGGUUUGUCACUGAUUUGUCAUUUGGAGGAAUUACUGUCCCUGCAGUCGGCCGGGCCUGCUCGACCGAACAUGAACUCCCUGCCUGCUAUAUCGCCGGCUCAAUGGAAAAAUUAUACCAUGGACCGCGUAAUCAAGAGUAGCUCUGCCAAUGCCGCCCGCCUAUCGGCUGACAGUACAAGAUGUGUACGAUCCAGCGACCAGUCGCCCGCGGUUGCCGUUGUUACUGGAGCAUAUGUCCCGCGAAGGACGCCUGGAAGAGGAAGCAGCAGUCAAAGUUAUCCAGGAAGGAGCGGCCAUAUUAAAGAAAGAACCGAACAUCAUAGAAAUUACGGCGCCCAUGGCCACGAUUGCGGUAUGCGGUGAUGUACACGGCCAAUUCUUCGACCUGAUCAAGUUGUUUGAAGUGGGCGGGAAUCCGGAUACACAGCGCUAUCUCUUCCUCGGUGAUUACGUCGACCGUGGGUAUUUUGCCGUCGAAUGCGUUCUGUAUUUGAUGGCGCAGAAAAUCCACCAUCCUAACACGUUGUACAUGCUACGCGGCAAUCAUGAGUGCCGGCAUCUAACGGAGCAUUUCACUUUCAAGGCCGAAUGUUCCGUCAAGUAUUCCGAGCAUUUUUACAAAGUGUGCAUGGAAGCCUUUGAUUGCCUGCCGUUGGCUGCGCUGCUGAACGGACAGUUCUUCUGUGUUCACGGCGGAAUCUCACCGGAAGUACAAGUGUUGAGCGACGUUCUAAAGAUAGACCGCUUCCGCGAGCCGCCGGCCCACGGGCCGCUGUGCGAUCUGAUCUGGGCGGAUCCCAACACGGAUUUUGGCAACGAGAAGACCAACGACUUCUUCACGCACAACUCCACCCGCGGCUGCUCGUAUUAUUACACGUAUCCCGCGGUCUGCGACUUCCUCAACCGGAAUAAUUUGUUGUCGGUUAUCCGUGCACAUGAAGUUCAAGAUAUGGGCUAUAAGAUGUACAAGGAGAAUAAAGCCACUGGGUUCCCGGCGUUGAUCACGGUCUUCUCGGCGCCGAAUUAUCUGGAUGUCUACCAAAAUAAAGCGGCCAUUCUCAAGUACGAACAGGGCAAGAUGAAUAUACGCCAGUUCAAGAAUCAGGAACAUCCGUAUUGGCUGCCUAAUUUCAUGGAUGUUUUUGUAUGGUCAUUUCCGUUUGUUGCCGAGAAAGUCACCGAUUUGCUGCUGGCUCUUCUCAGCGUGUGCAGCGAUGAAGAGCUGCAGGAAGAAGCGCCUCGUAGAGCUUCCGUUGUUGGGGAAGGGGUGUCAUAUAAUCGAGGUCUCUUUGCAGUAAUGAAUGAAUACCGGACUUUAAAAGAGCGCUUGCAGAAGGAGCGUCCCGCGCGAUCUCCUACCCGCGUUCCGCUGGAGCAGCGCCAGAUGAUCCGUACCAAGAUUCUGGCAGUGGCGCGACUGAUGCGCUUCUACGAAAUAUUGCGAGUGGAAGAAGAGUAUGUCAGCCGAUUAAAAGGCCUAACUGGAACUGGAUCGCUUCCUGUAGGCGCCUUGGCAGGCGGCCGGGAUACUCUUUUGCAAGCACUCAACGGAGUCCAGGGCGGCAAGUCGUUUAAGCAAGCUAAAGCGCUGGAUCGCAUCAACGAACGGAUGCCGGGCCCGCCGCCGUCCAAGCCCACCAACCCGCCGAAUAAUGCCGCUGGCAAGAUGUCUGCCACGGCACCGGUCGCGCCGGCCGAGUCCCGGCCGAAAUCCUCGCCAUCCAGCGCUGUGCAUCCCGGAUCCGCCAAGGCCAAGGCUAGAUGAAUCAUUUGUGCUGCUCCGCGCCCUUUUCUUACUGUUUUAUGGAUAUUUCAAUCGCUUUUCUUACUUUCUCUUCUAUUAAUUCCUUUUGUGUAAUUAUAUAGUGAAUGUUUUGCUACUUUCCAAAUUUUUUGACUGUACCGGUAUUUCGACUUUUCAGAUUGAUUGUAAAUCUUUCAGUUUGAUGGAGAAUUUCUUUACUAAUUUUGAUUUCUUUAUUUUCUAAUACUGUCUAUGAUAAGGGAAUUAUGUCGUUGCCAAUUUGCCGCUACAUCUGGGCGGUUCCGUAAAAAAGGCAUGCGUUGGGUAAAACAAAGGGUGACACUGUCGUAAACAGUC